AUGGCGAAAUCUGUUGAAAUUCCGACCACCGCAACACCACCAUCACUGCCGCCAUUGCUCGACAACUUGUUUCCACUCUACGCAGGCAACCUCCAUCCCAACGUUACAGAGGGCGAUUUGUAUACUCUGUUUUCGACAAUCGGCCCGGUUCAUUCUGUUCGCCUCUGCAGGGACCGUUCCACCGGCAAAUCCCUUCGCUAUGGUUACGUCAAUUUCUACUUACCUUCUAAUGCUGUUGCUGCUUUGCGUGAUUUAAAUCAUAGUGAAUUGAGAGGGAAACCCAUAAGAGUAAUGUGGGUUGAAAAGGACCCCACUAUCAGAAAUAAUGAAAUUGGGAAUUUGUUUGUUAAAAAUCUGGAUUUGAAAGUGAAUGAAGGUAAACUGGAAGAGAUUUUCGGAGUUUUCGGAUGGAUUCGUUCUUGUAAGAUUGCUAAAGACGAUGAUGGAAAUAGUAAAGGUUUCGGGUUUGUUCAGUUUUAUUCCGAAGAAUCUGCUUCAAAUGCUCUCUCUGCCUUAAAUGGCUCUGUUUUUGAAGGCAAGAUUAUGACUGUUGCUAAGUAUCUAAAGAAGGUUGAAAGGAAUGAAGCCCAUCUUACGAACUUGUAUGUGAAAAAUCUGGAUGAGAGUUUCACGGAGAGUUCCUUAAAAGAAAGAUUUUCAGAAUAUGGAGAGGUCACUAGUGCUGUGAUUAUGAAUGAUGAACAGGGGACUUCAAGAGGGUUUGGAUUUGUCAAUUUUGAGUCACAUGAGAAUGCUGCAAAGGCUAUUGAGGCCUUAAAUGGUACACAAAUUGGUACUAAGAAAUGGUUUGUUGGAAAGGCUAUGAUGAAAGCCCAAAGGGAUGCAUCGUUAGGACGUGCUCAUCAAGAAGAGACCCCAAAGGUUUCAAAUCUGUUUGUGAGAAAUCUGGCUACUUCUGUAACCGAGAAGGAUCUUAAGGAAGUUUUUGGUGCUUUUGGUAUUGUUACUUUGGUGAAAGUGGUAUACUAUGAGAAUGGUGUCAGUAAAGGAGUUGCGUUAGUUGGCUUCUCCCAACCAGAAGAAGCAAAGAAAGCUAUGGACUCUCUUAACGGAUCAUUUUACCAUGGAAAGUACAUGAAUGUGUCUCUAGCUCUGAGUAGAGAAGAAAUUGCAAAACGCUUGCAGACCGCUUUUGCCUUAAGUUGCACAGUCCCUCUCACUCAGAUGGCAUCAAACUUACAGAAUUUAGUGGAAAAACCAGCUAAGAAUUCAAAUCUAUUUGUGAGAAAUCUGGCUACUUCUGUAACCGAGAAGGAUCUUAAGGAAGUGUUUGGUGCUUUCGGUUGUGUUACCUUGGCAAAAGUGGUAUUUAGUAAAGGAGUUGCGUUAGUUUGCUUUACCAAACCGGAUGAAGCAAAGAAAGCUAUGGGCUCCCUUAACGGAUCUGUUUACCAUGGAAUGUCCAUGAAUGUGUCUCUAGCUCUGAGUAAAGAAGAAAUUGCAAAAUUCUUGAAGACCAAAUGCACACCUCUCACUCAUAUGGCAUCAGACUUGCAGAAGUCAGUGGAAAACCCAGCUAAGAAAGAAGAGCCAGCAAAUGGAGCAUGCUCUUGUGAUGAUAAUGAAGAUGAUGGAUUUGUUUUAGUAAUGUAG